AUGAUACAUCAAACUAUAAUUCUUAUCAUUUCAUUUCUAAUAUGUCACGUCGUGGCUCUAACUGAGGCCAACUUUCUGAUGCUAUAUAACCAAACAACGGUCAAUCAAACUGCAUUAAAUGAAACACUUGACGUUGCAAUAAGAACCCAAAGAGACAUUUCCAAACCAGUUCCUCUUGAUCAACUAGCAGUGAGUGGCACUUCACUAACAACUAUGUUUUUAAAUAAAGGCUACAGUUUAGACAGUAUUUCGGAGUUGCGUGAUUUGCUAGAUACUGGAAUGCAAGCAAUAAUGGUAGAUUUAUAUUGGAAUGAAUUUACUUCGGUGUGGCAACUAUGCCCUGCACCUUUCCCACAAAAUGUGACUUACAAUCCAAACGAUAAAGUUAAAGUAGCUUGGAAUAAUAUCACAUAUACGUGUCAGGCUGCUUUCACAACCGAUAAUAUCAUGUCUAUAAUUGAAUCUUACUUGGAUUCUUCAAACACAAACUUUGAAGCUAAUUUCCUCCACUUGUUGUUUAACCUAAAAUCUAUACAUUAUGAAAAGUCAAAUUUAACAAUGUCGCUUGAAAAUAUAUACAAGCCCAAUUCACGGUCUAACAUAGUCGGGAAUUCAACACUCAAUGCCACGAUAACACCAAUUGCAUCCUACAUUUUCAGUCCAGAUGUGCUUAGCGAAUACAGACUGCAGGUUUAUUCUUCUUCAAAUCCAUAUGCGUCAUUCUACAACAGAUCUGAUAUAAUUAUGCCCUCGUUGGAGGCAGUUUUACUCUCACAAUAUAAGAGAAUAUUAGUCAAUGUGCUAACGAAUGACAUCGUGCCAUCUCCGCGAGAGUACUCAAUAACCAGUGACGACGAAAAGCUCAUAUUUUUCAAUACCACCUUGCCAACUUCAGUCAGGACUGCAAAAGAUGCUGCGCCAUAUUGUAAACAGCUUCUUUCAUUAGACAAUGAUAUAAAGAAGUAUGACAAUUUGUCCUUGACAACACAGUUUGACUAUGUUAUUGAUAGCAACAGUCACCAAUUUACUCAAGAUAGCGUUCAAGACUUUUUAAGGUGUGGGCUUUUGCCUAUAUUUAAUGCUACUUCAUACACUGUUGGUAACAAAAACAUACUGGAUGUUGGAGAUGUCUUUACAACAUUUACUCCGUACCUUUUCUGGUCGUGGCGUGCAGGUCAACCAGAUAUAUCCAACAAUUCAUCAUCAAACAAUCUGUCAAAGAAUCACGAUGAAGAUGCUGGAGCAUCAUUUCGAUGUGUGGUUAUUACUAAUGAUGGUUGGAAAGUUGAUGAUUGCUAUGAAAAAUACUCAAUUGCAUGUCAGAAUAAAACGGAGCCUAAUGACUGGUACAUACCACCCGGUGACAAGCAAACAUAUUUUGACGUUAGUAGAGGCGAUUGUCCUGAUGGAUACAACUUUAGCCUACCAAGACUGAGUACGGAAAUGCUCUCGUUAAUGAGUGCUGUCAAAAAACAAAAUAUAGAUUACCCAAUUUGGAUUGAUCUCAAUGAUAUAACAAUAUCCAAUUGUUUUGUAUCAGGUGGUCCAUACGCACAGUGUCCUUAUCAGAAAACUGUCACCACAACUAGAUUUGUGCGUAUGAUUGCACCAGCUUCAGUGAUAUGUAUAAUUGUUCUUAUUGCUGUUCUUCUUGAGAAGUUGCUUAGAACAAACCACAUCCAGUCAAAUCGGAAACGAUAUUGGAAAAAGGCGCUUGCUGAAUACUACUCUAAGAACGACUAUGAGGGGGUACCGUCUUAG